AUGGCAAGAGUUGCUGAAGUUCACCAAGGAGAUGAUAAAAAAGUCCGUGUCGUGACCCUAACAAAAGCAGGAGGUAACAAGCUAAAACGAUCAAUACACACUCUAAUUCCGUUACCUACUGAUGCUGAAUCUCACAAACCUAUAAAAAUGUCUCCUGAUGCGACUGUAAACAGUCAUUUAGCGAAAGUCUACGUGCAUCGUACACAGCCUGAGAAAAGACCACAAAGCUUCACCACCUACUCAUGCCUUAAACUACUAUUCCUAAUAGCUCUCAUAUUCCCAGUUCCCCAAAUUCAAGCCACCUACAGCAUUCAAUAUCCCAAACCAGAACAAAAAAAACAGUUGCAAAAAUUUAAUGCAAGCUUAACCACAAACGUUGAACGUUUCAAAAGAGGUAUUCUUGGAAAACUGCUAACAUCUGUAUUUGGCGUCAAUGACGAAGUGUAUCAAGAUAUUGAAGCACUGCAACAACAUCAAGAAGAACUCAUCAUAAAAACAACUAGCCAUCAAAAUAUUCAGUUCAAUAGAGGAACUCUGUACGAUCUGAUGUCGCCUGCUCACGUAAGAGAAAUCAUUGCGUCAGCUAACCAAAAGCUGCCAGCAAAUUUAAGAAUACGCUCCUCUCCAACGAUAAACAUAGCACUAGAAAACAUCGAUAAAGAAAUCCAGAUCUUCAGUUCCUUUGUGAUACUAGACAUCUCCAACUAUGAGCUGAUCAGAGUCACACCUACACCAUUCUAUCUGGCAAACGGCUCCUACUACCUACUAGAUAUAUCAAGAAAUCUUAUUGCCAUCGACUAUAAUAAUAAUUUGUAUUUCGAACUCAGCGAAGAAGAAAUUAACCACUGCAUUCCAGUUCCAAAUCAUCAGUAUAUAUGUUCACCUUCUGCCGUAAGAAAUAUUGAGACCAGUCCUAAUUGUGUUAUCGAUGAAAUUUAUGAGAGACCAGGACGCAACUACUGUCACGUAAGGCAAUUUUCAACAUCUUCAAUUGUAUGGCAACAGCUACACAUGCCCAACACAUGGCUGUUUCUCACGGACAAACCUACUAAGAUAGCUGUAACAUGCAGUGGUAUUAGAGAAGACGUGUUAUUGAACAUUACAGGCUUUAUAAAACUGUUAGAAGACUGUGUCAUUAAGACAAACCAAAACAUCCUGCAACCAAAGCGUGGGUCACAUAUCACGAAUAUGGAACUCGCUCAGUUAUGGAUAGAUAACAAGAAAGAUCGUUGUAAUGAUAUAAUUUUGAAUAAAUUACGUACUGAGUUAAACUUAAAAGAUUGUUGCGAAUCUGACCAUAAAAGCCUUAUUGAAAUUACGAGGCUGGAGCGAAAAGUUCAUGUACCUAAUUUGGUUGAUGCUACCCAACUUCAGCCAGGAUCGAGCAAACAAGCACGUGGGAGACCUUACAAACCAUUUGAAGAAGUUACUACUAGGGUUAAAAAAAGCCGUGUUUCAGAUUUGGUGGCAAAUCGAACGGCUGAGGAAUUGCGGUUUGCAGCAGAUUUGGCGAGUGGAAAAUCAAGCGGAUCCGAACAAGAAAACAAAAAAUGUCUGACACCUCAUCAGGCUUUAGCCUUAUGUCUCGAUUUGGACUUAUCUGAUAGAAAUUUGAAAAUUGCAAGAAAAUCAUUUUUACCAACCAGUUUAAAGGUUACGGACACUUCAGCUGAGGUAGAAUUGCAGAAUUUACUUGACCUAACAGCGCAAAGCAUUUGCAAAAUAUUGGAUAUUUAUGGAACAAGAUUUAAGUUAAUAUAUAAGUGGGGUAUGGAUGGGAGCUCCGGCCAUAGCAUUUAUGAGCAGUUGUUCUCAAAUGACGAGGACACUGACGAAUUUAUGUUUCUGGUAGCCCUAGUUCCACUUAGAUUAAUCGAUGUGGACUCGAUUAAUAAGUGCUGGAUUAAUAAAAAACCGUCAUCGACACUAUUCUGCAGGCCUGUGAAAUUUGUUUUCGCAAAAGAGAACCGAGACCUUGUUCGAAACGAGGAAGCGCAAAUGCAACAAAAAAUUGAUGGCUUGCAGCAGAGUAAAAUAAUAAUUAAGAACGGUAAAGAAAUAUCUGUCAAGCAUGACUUAAUUUUUACCAUGAUGGAUGGCAGUGUAGCUAAUACUCUGUCUAACAUUAAUGCUACUUCCAAAUGUAUUAUUUGUGGAGCAACUCCCAGUCAAAUGAAUGUCGGAAACGUUGUGAACAGGCCUCCGAAUAUAUCCAAUUACCGUUUUGGAUUAUCUUCUCUUCACUGCUGGAUACGGUUUUUUGAAUGUUUCUUGCAUAUAUCGUACAAACUCCCAAUAAAAUGUUGGCAAGCUCGUGGAGAUGAAAAUAAGCGAAUUGUGGAAAAAAACAAAAAACGGAUCCAGGCAGAGUUUAAGUCUAAAAUGGGACUUAUAGUAGAUAAGCCUAAGCCCGGCUAUGGAUCUUCCAAUGAUGGAAAUACUGCUAGGCGUUUCUUUUUUAAUCCCCAACUUUCUUCGGAGAUCACUGGCAUUAAUAAGGAAUUAAUACAAAAAUGUUCGAUAAUACUUAGAGUAAUCGCAAGCGGCUGCGAAAUUGAUCUAGAACUGUUUGCAGUGUUACUUAAAAGUACCAGAGAAAUGUACUUACACUUAUACAAGUGGUAUAAUAUGCCUAGCGGCGUUCACAAAAUCCUUGUUCAUGGGUGCGAUAUAAUCGGUUCCUUUGAUUUACCAAUAGGGCAGUUAUCCGAGGAGGCCUUAGAAGCAAGGCAUAAGGAAGUCAGGAAGCACCGAUUGUCUCAUACCCGCAAAACUUCAAGAGAUUCUAAAAUAAUUGCUGGACGCCGAAUAUGUAGUGAGCAUUUCUCAAAAGACAAUAUAUCUGGAAGAAGACUGAAGAAAGAUGCUGAGCCUGACAUAUUUAAUGAUGAAGAGGGUUUUAAAGAAGACUGCGAAGAGAAAGGUAUUUCCAAAAAAGAUAUUCCAAAAUCCUGGCUAUACUCAGAUAUUUUUAACAGCGAGUUUAAUCUAUCGUUUAGUCAGCCCUCCAACGACACUUGCGAUCUUUGCGAUGAAUUUAUUGUUAAAUUAAAAGAUACAAGUUCCAUGCAACAACGCCAAAGCAUUCAAGAAGAGUAUGAUCGUCACCUACUAGAAGCAGAGAAAAGAUAUUCGGAAAAGAAAAAAGAUAAGGAAGAAUCACAAGGCAAGAUUAAUGUAAAAGUGAUAAUGGUUGACCUCCAAAAAUGUCUUCCUACGCCACUGCUGCAUAACGCUGAGCUUUUAUUCUCUGAAACUUUGGUCGUUUAA